AGCUCAUCUCCCCUUACAAUUACAUGUGAGACUCGCAGUGAGCGCAAGAGGGAAAGAGAGAUAGAGAAGAGAAACAUGUACUCUUGUCUGUUAAUAGUACUGAAACUCUUCCUCUUUGUCCAACCUUGUUUCUUUCAUCUGAAUCAAUCGAUUAUGGAACAAGACAUGCCAGGAACGUGUAAUAUCACCAACGACCACUACCCGUUCGCAAUCCCCAACUUGUCUGCACUGAAGCCACGGACCGGCUUCGAUAUACACUGCAACUCUGGCAAACCAAUGGUGAAGCUCGGCGAUAACUCAUUCAAUGUGACAGACAUCUCCUUAGAUGGCCAAAUCCGGAUCUUUGUCACAGCCUUCACCUCGAGGUGCUCCAGAAUUAGCGAACCAGGCCCAACAAUCAUACCGGACCUCCAAGGCACGCCUUACACCUAUAACACCACUAACAAGUUCACCCUCAUCGGCUGCGACGCUCGUGCUCUUAUCCACACUGAAGCAAUGCACCCCAUUGGCUGUGCAUCCUUCUGCACCCUAGAGGAUCACUUCAUUGAAAACUCGGCAUGCACCGGCGUGGGCUGUUGCCAGGUCCCCAUUCCACCAGGCCUCAAAAACUUCUCUCUAGACUUCACAAGCAUUUCUGACCAGUCCUGCGGAGCGCCGCAAAACAACAGCCAAGUUGGGUGCAAUAAGGUCUUCAUACUAGACCCAAAUAAGUUCACAUUCUCCAGGCGCGAGCUCUAUAGUGAUGGUAAGCAACAAAAGGAAGUAGUGCUGGAUUGGUCCAUUGGCAACGACAAUUGCGACAAAGCCAGUUUAAACAAGGAUUCCUUCGCCUGCGUUGCCGAUAAUAGCAGCUGCUCCGACUCUUCUGAUUUACUUGGGUAUCGCUGCUUUUGUAAACAGGGAUUUCAGGGCAACCCCUACAUUGUGGAUGGAUGCAAAGACAUUAACGAGUGCGCUGAGGGAAAGGAUGACUGUGUCCAUAAGUGCAUAAACAAAAUAGGAAGUUAUGAAUGCAGGUGUCAUUUUGGAACUAGCGGGGAUGGUAGAAGAGAUGGAAUUGGCUGCAAUAGGAUAGCUCCUCUUGAUAUAGGUCUUGGUACUGGGUUGGGAUUCCUUCUAAUCCUCUUCAUAAUAAGCUCCUGGUCAUACUGGGCACUCAAGAAACAAAAGAUCCGAAGAAUCAAACAGAAGUACUUCCUUCAAAACGGAGGAUUGCUGCUACAACAACACAUCUCUUCUCAAAUAGCGACUGCUCGAAUAUUCACAACAGAAGAGCUAGAGCUCGCCACCGAUGGCUUCCAUGGAAGCCGAGUACUUGGCCAUGGAGGAUAUGGCACUGUAUAUAAAGGAAUACUCCCUGGCGAUAUGCCAGUUGCAAUCAAGAAAUCAAAAUUAGUGGACGAGACCCAAAUUGAACAAUUCAUCAAUGAAGUUGUUAUCCUCUCUCAGAUCAAGCACAAGAAUGUAGUUAAGCUCUUGGGUUGUUGUUUAGAGACUCAAGUCCCUUUGCUGGUCUAUGAGUUCAUCUCCAAUGGAACACUCUACCAGCAUCUUCAUGCAGUGAAAACCUCUGCUGCAUCUCACAUGAACUGGGAGACUCGUCUGAGAAUUGCAGUGGAAACCGCUGCAGCAUUAGCCUACUUGCAUGGAGUGACUUCCACACCCAUCAUUCACAGGGACGUUAAGUCUACAAACAUACUAGUGGAUGACAACUACAUUGCUAAAGUAUCAGACUUUGGAGCUUCAAGACUUGUUCCUCAUAACAGGACUCAUGUCACAACAGUGGUGCAAGGGACACUUGGUUACUUGGACCCGGAAUAUUUUCACACUGGUCUGCUUACUGAUAAGAGCGAUGUGUAUAGCUUUGGGGUGGUUCUUGUGGAGUUGCUGACCAGGGAGAAUCCAGUGUCAUUUGGCAGGGCAAAAGAUGAUGGCAACUUGGCCUUUCAUUUCGUUACGUUAGUGGAGGAAAAUAGGUUGAUUGAAGGACUUGAUAAAGAGACAAUAGAAGAGGCUGGGAUAAUGCAGUUGCUAGCAGUGGCUCAGCUCGCAAAGAGAUGCUUGAAUGUCAAAGGGGAAGAGAGACCGACGAUGAAAGAAGUUGCAGUUGAGCUCGAGGCCCUGAGAAGGCUCAUGCACCAGCAUUUUGUGCAAGAGGGGAAGGUUUACCGAACAAGUACUUCGACAAGUCUUACAAUAUAUGACACGGCCAUGCAAGAUUCCAUGAAAAGCAUGGAAAGCCAUCUUCUAAGUGAACCAAUCAUCCGUGAGCCACGGUAACAGCUCUGUAAUGUAGUGUCAAAUUCUAUUUUAGACUUCUGUAUUAAUUGUAGCCCCUAUGCUAAAUUUUACGAUGAGAUAAUGAUAAUCACAUAAAAUUGCAAGUCAAGAA